AUGGAGGAGGCCCCGAGGAAGAGGAAGCCGGAGGAGGAGUCCUCCCCUGAAGAGGAUGAAUCGCCUCUCGCAUCGGAGCCGAAGAGGCGGCGGAUCUCCGGCGACGGAGGCGGAGGAGGAGGGGAGGGGGCGGAGAAGGGGAACGGGGGGUCGCUUCUAGGGCUGGCGGAUUAUAAGGAUGAUGAGGAUGAAGAAGAGGGAGAGGAGAGGGAGAGGGAGCCGAAUGGUCGGCGGAGGGGGGAGGAGGAGGAGGAUGAGGAGGAGGAGGAGCGGAUCUUCGCGUCGGAUGGGCCGAUCCUCCACGAAGAGGAUCAGAUGCAGCGCGAGGAGCGGGUGGCGCCGGCGAGGAGGCAGAGGCAUGUGGAGGAGGAGGAUGAGGAGGAGGAGGAGGAUAGAGGUCGAGCUGAUGAGGAGGAGGAAGACGAAGAGGAAGAGGAAGAUGAUGAGCCGCGGGUGGCGCCGGCGAGGAGGCAGAGGCAUGUGGAGGUGCGGAGGGAUUGCCCUUACCUAGACACUGUUAAUCGCCAGGUCUUGGAUUUUGAUUUUGAGAAAUUUUGCUCUAUCUCCCUGUCAAAUUUGAAUGUAUAUGCAUGCUUAGUUUGUGGGAAGUACUAUCAAGGAAGAGGUCUCAAGUCUCAUGCAUAUACACAUAGCCUUGAAGCAGGCCACCAUGUUUAUAUUAAUCUCGAGACUGAGAAAGUCUAUUGUCUCCCUGAUGGAUACGAGAUUAAUGAUCCAUCAUUAGAUGAUAUCCGACACGUUCUAAACCCAAGAUUCUCUAAAGAACAAGUUCUACAUCUUGAUGAAAAUAGGCAAUGGUCAAGAGCACUUGACGGCUCCAAUUAUCUCCCUGGAAUGGUUGGUCUUAAUAACAUUAAGGAGACUGAUUUUGUCAACGUUACAAUUCAAUCCUUGAUGAGAGUUGCUCCUUUGAGAAACUUCUUUCUUAUUCCUGAAAACUAUCAACAUAGCAAGUCCCCCCUUGUUCAUCGUUUUGGAGAACUGACUCGCAAGAUUUGGCAUGCAAGAAACUUCAAGGGGCAGGUCAGUCCACAUGAGUUCCUGCAGGCAGUUAUGAAGGCAAGUGAUAAGAGGUUUCAAAUUGGUGUACAAUCUGAUCCUGUGGAGUUCAUGUCCUGGCUUUUGAAUACACUGCAUGCAAAAUUAAGGAGCUCGAAGAAGAAAAAUAAGAGCAUUAUACAUGACUGCUUUCAGGGGGAACUUGAAGUUAUCAAGGAAAUCCAGAAAAGACCUCUUCCGGAAAAGAAAGAGAAUGGUGAAGAGGAGAACAAUGGAGCUGUUUCAGAGGGUGGAGCAACAAAUGGGAACGUUGUGACAGAGGUGUCUAGAGUGCCAUUUUUGAUGCUCGGCCUUGACUUGCCUCCUCCCCCUCUUUUCAAAGAUGCGAUGGAGAAAAAUAUUAUUCCUCAGGUUCCACUUUUCAAUAUAUUGAAGAAGUUUGAUGGCGAGACUGUUACAGAGGUAGUGCGGCCAUGCAUAGCGAGAAUGCGGUACCGCGUGACCAAACUACCAAAGUAUCUCAUCCUUCACAUGCGGCGAUUUACGAAAAAUAAUUUUUUCAUCGAAAAGAACCCUACUCUCGUUAACUUUCCUGUGAAGAAUCUGGAACUGAAGGAUUAUAUCCCGUUACCUGUGCCGAAGGAGAAUGAGAAGCUGCGCUCAAAAUAUGAUCUCAUUGCAAAUAUUGUUCAUGAUGGCAAACCCAGUGAAGGGUGCUACAGAGUUUUUGUGCAGCGGAAGUCGGAAGAGCUUUGGUAUGAGAUGCAGGAUCUCCAUGUAACAGAGACUCUCCCUCAAAUGGUGGCUCUUUCGGAAGCUUACAUGCAAAUAUAUGAGCAGCACGAGUGAGAACAUCAUUCUAAGUUCGCAAUUGUUGCACUUCAUUUUUUUCUUUCUUUUUGAGAAUUUUGUAUUUUAAAAUAGUUGCACCAUAUGCUCUAGCCUUUUGAGGAGAUUUUUAUAUAUAUUUUUUUUAAAAAAAAAUUUCCCCCAUCAAGGAGUCUCCUUACUAGCUUCAUGUUCUUGAUUCUCCAUGUAAAAAACAAAGGGGGCUUAAAUGAGAGAUAACUAGCAUGGUUAAAAACCUUUUUUUUUUUU